AUGACUGAUGAAAAUAUCGUACCACCUAGUGAACAUCCUGUUAAAAUACGUUGGUUAAAUGCAGCUGUAGAACAGAGUUCAACAAUACAAAAGCCAGUAGCACAACAUCCUCAAAUGCCAGCAAUAAAAACAAAUAAAGUUACUGCUCCGUCUGUAGUAACCAAAACACGAACAAAGGUUCCAAGUGCAACUAAUAUUGUCCGAUUUAUUGACCAACCUCCUGCUGCGUCAUCAGCUAUUUCUGUCGAUACGUCGAUUCAAUCGUCUAAAGGUAUAAAAGAAUUAAGUCCUGAAGAUAAAUUAAAAAUUGCCAAUUUAAUAAAAGAACUUGCACGUAUUGGUCAUGAAAAAGAAAUAGUUGAAAGUAAACUCGAACAAGAACGAAAAUUAUUCGAAACACAAAUGAAAACACUAUUAACCGACUACGAUAAAUUAAUGAAAGAUAAUCAGAAAAUUCUCAUACGUUAUAAUGAAACAAAAAUUUUGUUAAAUGAAUACGAAAAGAGAUCUCGAAUAAAACCAACACCACCACCACCAUCAAAUGAAUUUCCAAAUCCUCAACGAUCAUCAACACCUAUUAAUGUACCACCAAAAGAACCUCCUACAAAUCAUAGUAAGAAUGAAAAAGAUCUAAUUCAAUCUUCUCAUACGACUCAUUCAAUAAUAAGCGAACAAUUUCAAUUAAAACAAUCGAUGAUGGAAAAACAAUUAGAAUUACUUCAUAAACAACAACAAAUACUUGAAAAAGAAUUGCAACAACGAAAUAUUAAUUUGUCAAUGGAACAACCAGUAAAAUCAUCAUCAACUUCAACUAUUCAAACAACAACACGAGCUACAUCGCCGUUGAAACAUGAAAUUAAAAAAGUUGUCGUCGAACGUGCUACAUCACCGGCGAAGGUAGCAACAAAACCGAUUGUCAAAAUUUCUGACAAACAAGUCAACCGUCCAAUACAAACUCAACGCUUUACAAUGAAUAAUAAUGAUGAAGAUCUUUUAAUUUUAUCUUUGAAUGAAUCAUUGCACGAACAAGUACCAAAUAAAUCACAGAUAAAUCAUAAGCCUCAAUUCAAGAAUAACAAUCGAAUGAAUGCCAAUGCAGAUUCGGAAGAACAAAACUUACUGAAAGAUAUCUUUUUUAUUUGUUGA